AUGUUGGAUGAUGAUGUGGUGCCGUCGUGGAUCCAUGGAGUUACUCUGGAUGAACACAUGCAGCUGGAUGAACACAUGCAGCUGGAUGAACACAUGCAGCUGGAGGAACACAUGCAGCUAGAUGAACACAUGCAGCUGGAGGAACACAUGCAGCUGGAGGAACACAUGCAGCUGGAGGAACACAUGCAGCUGGAGGAACACAUGAACACAUGCAGCUGGAUGAACACAUGCAGCUGGAGGAACACAUGA